CGACCGCUCAGUAAGCUCGCGACUGCCGGCGAGACGCACGCCCGCCGCCAUACAGAGCCGGUUGCUAUGCCCGCGAACACGCCCGCGGUAUGGCCAGCGGCCUAACCGCGACAUGUUGAAGCAUGCUCAGCGGCCGCCGGCGGCGAACGAUGCCGACCAACGCUAUCAGAACAUGCCUCGGCGGCCGCACCAUCAUUUACCCCUCAACGUCUCCACCUUGGAUUCCUCCAAGCAUUCCGUCGGAGGCACCUCGGCGAGCGUCAGCCCGGGCGGGCAGCCGAAUCCGAGCGUGCCCGUCCUGUCUCCCGUUCCUGUCGCGUCUCCGCCAAAGAUAGCCAAUGGAAACGUGAAUGGAGCAAGGACUUCAACGAUCGGGAAAUCGAGGAGCAUCAGAGCGGCGACCGAGGAAGCGCUCACUUCCUUGGCACUCCUCUGCCUCGUCAGUCUCCUGUUAGCUCUACUGGCACUGCUGUUUCUUCUGAAGAUAUCCGCGCCGGCCACGAGUGCUCCUGAAGAGUUCGCUGUUGUGUACGAAGUGACGUUAGCUCUGUGUGCGUUGACGCUCUCUCUGAACCUGUGCUGUCUUCUCGUGUGUGCUAUUCAGUUCCUGUUCGCAGUGAAGCUGGUGCACUCCCCAUCGGCCCCCAACGGAAGGUCAAACAAAUAUCUGCAGAAGUCGGCGAUAACGAGAGUAUGCGCUGUUGGGGGAUUCUUCAUAUCAAUACCUGUGUUUUUAACAGGGAUAAUCCUAUACACGUUUAUCCAGUUCCACUCCACGCCUGCAAUAGUGACGUCCGUGUUCAUCGGGGCCGGCAUCAUUUUCUGCGGCUGCGCGAUGGUGCACAACGUCUUCGUGUGGCAGAAGGAGAAGACUAACCUAGUCAAGGCGUUUCGUGCUGACAUGAACACGUCUCAGAAUCAGACGUCCAACGGGAUUGUAAUGAAUGGACACCUGAACAACAGUGCCGCUGGCAACCUGAGCUUCCACCGGCAGGCGCCUUAUUCGCACCCCAUUACGCUGCUGCAGCAGGGACCUUAUAUUAUUAGGCCACCGACGAGUACGCCUCCGGGGGAGGGUGCAGCGACGCCCGGCGUGCCGGCCGCCACCAUCGACCUCAGCCAUGACGCACACGAACUCAGCACUCUUGUCUGAAGAGCCUUCCGGACAUAGGCCUAAUCGUCCAAGCACCGACUACGACGAAGGCACAGCGUUCAGAGUUGGCCUUUAAAACAUCCACGUCCAAACACCAACUUAGCACUCUGGCGUGAAGCCUUCUGAAUACAGGCUUAAGCGAUGAAGAAUGGGCUUUGAAAUGUGACUUUCUUCCUCCAAGACAAACACGAAUUUAGCACUAUCAUCUGAGCCUUAUGAGACGUAGGCUGAAGCUAACAUCAGCAACCGAUGUACGAGGAAGGCACAGUGUCAAGCGUGCGAUCUAUGCCCCGACACGACAGAAACGAAUAUUGGAGACUCAACCAGACUGAGAACUUCUAGACUCAGCGCUUGAGCUUAACUACCGACGACGUACGACAAGACCGAAACGAACAAUGGAGGCUCAACUGGACUGACAACAUGAGGUGACAAUGCGAAAAGACACCCAACGUCCAAGCCGUUAUGUUACAGACAUACGUUAUGAGUGUUAAUGAGACAGAUGAAUGUUAUGAUACAACUAACCAAACCAUCUUUGACCGUAAUAUCGGGCAGUGCCCGAGAUCAAGCGCAUAAGGUGUUUGUUUAUACUAUGCCCCUGUACACUGCUUUAUCCCUCAACGGCAAACUGUAAACUGGGUAAAAAGACUCAAUUAAGAUCUGUCCUAAAAUUAGGAAUAGUCUAUCUAACGGUAAUGUAACAUGUAUCAGAUCUGAACACGCGUAAGUUGCCACAAUCUGAUGCUGACUGUACACUACGUUAAUAUUAUGUUUAUACUUUUCACCUUAUGAUGUAAUAAGUUGCAAAAGUGUUAACAUAAUUUACUUAUUUACGUGAAAGUGAAAUAAAAAUUUUGUUACUAAGUAUUUCAAUUGGAGCCAAGGCCGUGCGAAUUGUUUACGCAAUAACAAAGAUAAGAGUCAAGUUUUGCGCAAAAAAUACGCACAAAUGCGUAUAAUAAUACCUUCCAUAACCGUCUAAACUUGCAAGUUAGAAAUCCUAUAUAUAAAGGAGCCUCUUUGACAACUACGAAUAGGUAUACCGUCUUGUACUAAGUUACUUGACCAGAGUUUCAUUUGGAAGAGUAAACAUAAUAAUAAUAUUUGUAUAUUUAUGGUAGUUGUAAAUAUAUUUCAUCACAAUAUUAUGUGAUUUGCCAUGUUUUAAGCUUUCAACUAUUGUUUGCAUUGAAUGACUGAGAUGAGAAUUGAAAUUUUGUGUGUUAGGAUUGAGAUUAUUAAUAAUAUAUUAAAUUAAUGUUAAGAUAA